UCCGGUUUACAAAACCGCUCACGACCCCAUCCUGUAUAAAUUUUCACAACAUCAGUGGGUGGAGCUUAAGCCUUGCUGUCGGGGUCCUCGCGGGUACCAGUCUCGCGCUGCGGCCGCAUCCCAGAUUGAGCGCGUCACGGGGCUCGAGCCGGAGGGAGCGCAAGCGCGAGCGCAUCCUCGAGGAACGCAGCACAGACAGGACAGCGGAGCCGCGGGAGACCCGUCGUAAACAACCGUACUGUCUCAGUGCCGCUAACGAAAGAUUUCCUUCGUGAAGAUGAAAUAAGGACGUUUCGCUUUGAUUCAUUGCCAUUUUUCUUUUCGGACGACAGAGCAGAAUUCCUAACCUCAAAAUGGCUGAGAUAACCGAUAUAAGACCGACUUACGAAGUCUCUCCGGUGCUGGCAGGAUUCAUCGGUGCUGGGGUACUGGUGGUUGUGGUGGUGGUGGCCAUCUUCCUGUGGACCUGCUGCCAGCGCCGUUACCGGCAGCUGACGGGCAAUUAUAAACUACAUGGUGACUCUCCCGCAGACCCACCCUACAAGUUCAUCCACAUGCUCAAGGGCAUCAGCAUUUACCCUGAGACACUCAGUAACAGCAAGAAGAUAGUGCGGGUGGCGAGGCGGCCGGGGGGCCGGGCAGAGCGCGACAGGGAGUUGGGUCGCCCCUGCAACAGUGGUAGGGGCAAUGUCCUCAAGGUGGAUGUUGCUGAGAAUGGCUUGCCUGAUGCCCCUCCCCUGCAGAUGAACCAUCUUGCUCCCACUGGGCAGCCAAGGCUGGAGUGUGAAUUACCCAUCCGAGCAGACUACUGCUGUCUGGAUAGCAGUUCGGCGAGCAGCAGCGAAGCCAGCAGCGUUGCUGCCAGCAAGACAGCCACUCCAUUCACUCCUGCAGAAGAGCCCAAGCUGGGCACACUUAGCCUGGCAGUGGACUACAACUUUCCCAAGAAGGCACUGGUGGUGACCAUCCAGGAGGCGCGGGGCCUGCCAGUAGUGGAUGAGCAGUCAGGUACCUCCGACCCCUAUGUGAAGAUGACUAUCCUGCCUGAAAAGAAGCAUCGUGUUAAGACUCGUGUGCUACGCAAGACCCUGGAGCCUGUUUUUGAUGAGACAUUCACCUUCUACGGCAUGCCCUAUAGCAGCCUGCCAGAGUUGGUUCUGCAUUUCUUGGUACUCAGCUUUGACCGCUUCUCUCGUGACGAUGUCAUCGGUGAGGUUGUGGUGCCCCUGGCAGGUGUGGAUCCCAGCACAGGGCGUGUGCUGUUAACCCAACAGAUUUGCAAAAGGAACAUACAGUGCGUGAGCCGUGGGGAGCUGCUUGUUUCGCUGUCCUACCAACCAGUGACCCACAGGCUAAGUGUGGUAGUGCUAAAGGCCAAACAGCUGCCCAAGAUGGACAUCACAGGCCUGUCUGGCAACCCUUACGUGAAGGUAAAUGUGUUCUACGGCCGUAAGCGCAUUGCUAAGAAGAAGACGCACGUGAAGAAGUGCACACUCAACCCAAUAUUCAACGAAUCUUUCAUUUAUGAUGUGCCUGCCGAGCUGCUAGUUGAUAUCUCGGUCGAAUUCCUGGUCGUCGACUUUGACCGCACCACCAAAAAUGAGGUGGUGGGUCGGCUGGUGUUGGGCUCGCAUAGUCCCUGCCCCUCAGGUGCCCUUCACUGGCGGGAGGUCUGUGAAAACCCCCGCAGGCAGAUCACCAAGUGGCACAGCCUCAGCGAGUACUAGCCCUGCACGUCACAUAAGCCCACACAUGCACACAGAAGUCAGAUAGUAAGCGUGGCUUUUAGAGACACAAGUGUCUUUUUCCUCACAUUGUGCUUGUAAAAAACACAAACAUGCAAAACCCUAAGGGGACUUGUACAGUGUACUCUUUUUGUUUGUGGCAUUAGUAAUAACAGUGUGGAUAAAAUAAAGGAAUUCUGAGAAUUACAUUCAAGGUAAACAAACACAGAGAAAUAUUAUUGCAAAUUAAUGACGAAAACGAUAAGCUGACUGAAUAGUCAAACAACAAAAUAAAAGAAAUAUGUAUCAGUCUUUUGUGAACUUUUUAUUGUUCCAUUUGGGGUUAUGUAUCAGCAAUAGGUUGGAAAGACACAGCCCCAAACAAGAAUAAUAUCGAAAGAACUGUGACAUGUCGGAUUCCACAUCCCUUCCCUGCCUUCUUUCUCCCCUUCCUUAGGAUGUGUGUUGGUGGUAUAUACAUUAAAUCUAUUGCAUGACUUAACAUUUUAAGGAAACAGAGACACAAGAAAGUGCAUAUAACUGGAACUAAAGCUAAGUGCCCAUGUUUACCAUUUUACAGGAAGGUUAUUCCUUACUAUCACAAUAAUACAAUCAGGAAGGCAAAUUGCAGAUUAAGACUUGGGAGAUGGCAAUAUCUACAUCUCUAAUUGGGAAAAAAAAUGCUGCAGCAUCAGUGUUCACCUCAUUGAACCUACAUAUUCUUUAAUUUAUUACCCAAAUUAAACAUUGAAAUUGCAAAUUUAAUACUGUGUUUUAUAACACACAAAGACUGAGAUUCAGUAUGGAUGUUUUGCAGUUAAAGUUUGAAGUUUUCUUAUUUCUGCCUCACUGAUUUUAAGGUGAACAUAUUUCUGCUGAAAAACAAAUAAACUGCUUUAUAUUAUGUUCUAUAGUAAAAAAUUAAGCAUUAUAUAUUUGUAUUGAAUCAAACAUUACUAAAUUUGGGUAUAAUUUUCAUUUAUAAUCUAGGUGUUUUAUAAGAAUUUCCUCACAUCAUUAACACCUGAUUAGUCCAGAUACUUCCUGGGGUCUUCAGCCUUCUGAUCCACACCAUUGCUAUGCUGCCAAGAUCCUCAUUUUUAGACAAUGGUAUGGUCAUCUUGUUGCCAGUGGAAAAAAGGUGUGAAUUUGUCUGAGACAUAGCAAGAGUCUGUAUCAUACUCACAGAAACACGUUUGUACACUUUGACCAUGCGUCUUAAUGAUUUGUUGCAUUUUCUUUUUUUAAUCUUCAUGAAGUCUUGAAUUUUUUGAUGUUGCAGCAUUCUUCUAAAAAAUUUCUGCACCAAAGUUGCUUUGGGAAGCUCUGAACUAUUUUAGUGUUUCAGUGCUAGAAAGCAUGCAUUUGUCAAAUCCUCUAUACACUGGCCUAUGUAGUUCAACUGCAGCAUUGAGUAUAUCUAUAUAUGUAAAUUACAUGAGGACAGGAGACAUGAGUCAACUGUCAUUCAACUCAGCUUAAGAAAUCCCAUUUUCUACAUCUCAAAUGCUCUAAAAAUACAGAUUUUAAGACUGACCUCAAAUGUCCUGUCAGUCUGACCAUUCUGUUCCUCGUUCAGACAGACUGGAGCACUGCUGCCUUUGCAUUGUCAUUUUGGUUCAUGUUGGUGAUGUGUGAUAAGUAGAACAAAAUCAGUAGUGGUUGCUUGAAGGCAUAUCACAGAGGCACUAAAAUAUUCAUUCAAACAAAAAAGGUAUGAUUUUUCAAAGCCUUUCCAAGUAAAUUUGGUGCACUUACAGUACCUCAUAUCUUUUAGUCUGUACCAUCCUACAGUACAGAACUGUGGCAAGAACAUAAGGCACUAUAAAAUGAGAAUAUUUAUACAGAACAUUAAAGAGAAUUAUUGCGGUGAAAUGCCUUGGCAUUUUUAGGUAUUAAAUACUUGCUAGAAAAAAGAUAUUGCCAGUGGAAGAUUUGUAAUAUUUUAUAUUUUAUUUGAAAAAUAUUUUAUGUUGUGCUGCCAUUUUGUUUCACAGGAGUGCUUCGGUUACAUUUUAACACGUGUUUCCCAUUCACUGUUCCACACAGAGUAUUUUAUCUAUUUUACUCCUUUUGUACAUACUUGUAAUAUAGGAUGUUAAAAUCUUGGUAUUGUUUUUUCUAAAAAAGAUCAAAUGUAUAUCAAAUGUGAAGAGCAAUUUAGUAGUGUGGAAAACGAGACUUUUCUUGUAGCAUUUGCAUAUAGAAAUGUUUUUUUAGCAUAUUUAUUAAUGAACAUGUCAGAAACCUCCCUUUAAUUAAACUGGGAGAACUUGAGUUAAAAAGAAACACGCUAACCUAAAAUAAAUUUCAUGGCUGGGAGAAACGUAAUUCAGUUACAAUGCAUCUGUUUGUUCUGCACAUUUUGUAAAACAUUAUACAUUUGCAGCUGCUGCAAAAACACCCAGUAAGUACAGAAUAGUAAAUUACAUCAGUUGUAAACCCAGUCUUAAAAUUUAGCUUAAUAAGUCAAUUAAUCCAGUGUUUAAUUUGGAAAAAAAAUACAGAAUGAUUUUGAUGCAAUGUCAUACCAUACUGAAAUAAUGCCUGGCAAGUGACUGGGAAGAAAGCAGUGCGGUUUUCAGUUCAGUGUCUUCAGUGUAAAUUUUUGUGAAAAGAUUCAUGUCUCCUUUAGACUGCUCGUCUUCACUGUAUAUAGAUAUAUAAGCAUAUAUAAAUAUAUAGGAAGCUAAAUUGCUCUCAGUUUGAUGAGCGUUCACACUGUUACUCCAAUACAGCUCUCCCACGGCACACACGAGCAGAAGUUAUUCUUCCAAAAGAGCUCCUACCGUGACCCAGUGUGUUUGUGAUAUGAAGUCAUUUGACAAAUAUUUUCAGUUUUAGUUUAUGUUGGUUCAAAAGGAAAAGUCUUAUUUCCAGUGAUUGCUAAAGCAAAGGCAGGUGUCACAGAAAUGCAAAUUGUUAGGCAUUUUAUAAGGACAGUUUAAACAUUGUUCUUAACCAUGUAGGGCACCUAGAUGACAGCAACCAGGGAAGAUGGUAUUAAGCAGACUGUACAUUAAAGGUACAAACUUACCUUAUGGUUUUAAAUUGAAAAUCCAUGAAUAUAUUGUGGCUUUUAGACAGAGGUCCCCUUUUGGUUGCAGCGAGGGAGAUCUAAUAAAAAGAUAAUAAAAAGAUCUGAGGUCUGGCGGGGUUUGUGUACCAGAUGGGAAAGGCACAGGUGGGCAACUCUCAUGGCUCUGCUGACACUGGCCGCCCCUUGUUUUUCUUCACUGAGCCAGUCUGUUUCUCCUGUCUGUGUGUCUCUCUUUUCCCUGGCUUUCUCUCCUUUUCCAACCUACUCUUUAUAUCAUGGUGAUCUUUGUCUAAACUAUCAUUUUUUCUCAUAUUAAUGCUGUUCUUUCCGACCCAUUAUUCACCUACUUUGAAGACAGGCGAAGGACAUGGCACUGUAUCUCCUAUUUUUCAGAGGAAGAGAUGGCUCUUUUGAAUGCAGUACACUCUGUCUGCAGACUUUGCCUUGUACCUUUACUGCCACCUAGUCUUUUGAAAUAAGUACUUGAACUUGAUAAGGAAACAAAAAGUUUUUACACAUGAAGUCAACAAAUUAUCCAGGCAGCCAGUGACCAAUUUACUGGCUGCAAUUGAUUUUCCUUUACGUUGUAUGAUAUUAAACCAUAAUCCCAAAACCCAAUAGUCAGCAAAUCUUUGGUUAUUUUUAACCCUUUUUGUCAUCUAUGUCAGUGUAUGUUCUACUCCAGUUUAUAUUCUGUUCACAUUUUCAUUUUAUGUGUAGUAUCCUGUACAGAUUGUCAAACAUGGCUUGAGCGCAAAGAAAGGGUCAUUUUCUGUGCAAACUAUGAGUGCAGGUCCCUGAUAAACUAUUGGCCACCCCUCAGAUUUUUUUCCCUGGAGAAAAUGUUGAGAAAAAUAUUUAUAUGUUGUAAAAAUGCUAUAUACAAAGAUUAUUUAUUAUUAUUAUUAUUAUUUAUUUCAUGGCAGCACUCUCUUGUGUGUGAUCUGUUGCCUUUCUGCUGCUCUUUCGUUAAACUUGGGUUUAUUCCCCACCAAUUUCCCUCCUCUCAACUCUUCACUCUCCUUCUCAAGUGCUCUCUGGUCUCACUUCAACCGUCUGCUCUUUCACACCACUGAACUGGGGGCAUAGAUUAUAAACAUGCUUACAUGAGCUGCAAUAAUAGUUCCAACUAACAAACACCAAACAGAUUUUAGAGAGCUUUUAUGUCGACAUACGUGGGGUAAACCAAGUAACCUGAAUUGUGUUUAAACUGCAUAAUGCCAUGAUAAAUAUGUUACACUAAUGCUAACUUGUAUGUUGAAUUUGUUAACACACAUUGACUGUGCAAAUAAAAUCUGAUA